GUGUCUCUCGUGUUCUUUUUGGAGAGGCGCUGUAACACGAACCCGGCCCAGCUCCGUUUUACUGAACAAUGUUUUUAUCAAGACGAAGCUAUAGACUUUUGAGCUGCAAACAAUGUUAAGUAUUUUUUAUGCAUCCCAAAACCGUCUUUCGUUUCAUCCACAAUGUCGUAGCUGAUCUUAUAUAUAAGAUGAAUCUACGUUCAUUUGAUCGUCCGCUUACAAUUCCCAAAUCGACACGUGCUUCGAAAAUCGACCUACGUUUCUUAGACCGACACACACUCCAAAAACCGAUACAACGUCCUGGAAUCGACAUCACAAACAACCAUGGCUGGAAACAUAGGCUUAUCCGACGCUGGUUACAUACCACCAAUGGACCAGAUCGAGCUACCGGAUCUCAACCUAGAUAUCCUCGAAUCAUACCUUAGUCUCAAGGCCCACCAUGAGCGCCAAAUUGAACAGCCUUGGGUGCUCCGAGGACAGCUCCUAGGCGCUUUCAUGUAUCUUCAAAGGAACAUCAUACACGAUGAAUUCCGACGCGAUCCAGAUACAACAGAACAAUACCUAGCAGACAUGCUCAACGUGUACCGCGGAAUGGGAUACGGAGGCCAACGAGUAAGGAAAAUAAUCUUCGACAGCUUGGCGGAGCAUUGCGAUACUCCCACAGAAGAAAAUGAGUGCUGUGCGAUCUGCUUCGGGGAGUUUUCUGAGCAUAAUGGUGCGGUUCAAGCACGAGUUUGCAAGCACAUUUUCGGCCGAGACUGUCUGGAAACCUGGGUAAAUCAGCAUGGCCAAAACACAACUUGUCCAUUAUGUCGCAGGCGGCUACUUCUGGAGGAACCUCGCGCAUUCGCGCCUUCGGAGAACGUGCUUGGAGUCCCUGAAUCAGCGCGUGAGGAGGCUAUUGGGCUUCUUCGGGAACUUAGGGACAUGCACCAAGAACUCCAACGUCAAAUCGAAACGAUCGAAGCCGAAAGAGAGCGCCUUCUAGAUCUAGACGCAGUAGAUGCUGAGAUUGAGCAGCAAGUCGACGUCAGAGUCUAUGAUGCCGUUAAUAAUAAGUUCGAUGCUCUCGUCAACAGGAUCGACGACUUGCUGCGCAAUGACCGACCUGAGCAAGAACUGGAUGAGUGGUCGGACCUGCUACUACCUUUUCUCUUCUUAAAUACCUUGUAG